AUGAGCGAACCGCCCUUUGAAGUCACGGACCACAAGGCGCUCGACGACUCCGCCAACAAGGACGGCGAGCAGCCAAGAAGGCACACCACCCUCUGGCCAUUUAGUGACCUUGCCCCGCCCACCAACUCUUUGUGGCCAACGACAUGGUCUGUGAGAUUGAGACGACUCGCACAGGGUGCUACCAGCAUCAGCAUCAGCAUCAGCAGGCCGUCCACUGCCACACCCGUGACGUCCCCUCCCACCUCCACUCUCACCUCUAGCAUCCCGGAGAAGGUGGAUCAGAAGGUCCGGAUCUCGAGAAGGGUCACUCGGCUGCGACCAGAGUCGCAAAAACACUGGCCAGUGUUUAUUACUUUCUAUUAA